AUGGGAUGCGCUGAAAGAGAGAUGAAGGGGUUUGUUGAUGGUUUGACCCGUAAAAAUGGUGGGAAUUCAAGUCUACAGGAUGUCGUAGACGGCAUACUGAAGUACGCCAAGGGGUUUGGUGAGGAGGCUUUUGAGAAGGAUGUUUUGAGUACUUGGUACGUCAGACAGAAUUAUAACAAGGGCAAUCUGGAUGCUAUUGAAGGUGGAAAUACACCUAAGGCUAAGGCGGUGCAAGAGGCCAUUACAUCCACGCUUCCAGAUUUAAUUGCGAGCGAAAUUCAAAUUGUUGCAGAUAAGUACCUGAAAGGUGCAAAAAUAGAAACCAUUGCUGAAAAGUUCAAGAGAUUUGCGGACAACGGAAGUGAAAUUUUAGCGAUGGUUCAUCACUUGGAGUUGCAGUACAGGUGA